AUGCCUAUACCCUCAGUAGGUGCAGGCUUUACCCAACAGGAAGCGGUUUUCCAAUAUCCCAUGAGGCCAGGCACAUUGAAGCACCAGACCGAAAACAUGAAGUCUAAUGACGGAGUUUAUGGGCGGAACAUCUCGGACGAGGACAUGGACCGCGCCGUCUGGGUUCUGAGAGGGAUCCUUAUUGAAAUGCAUUCUCCCAGCCAGAUUGGCGAGCCCCUUGGGGGAACCGCCAUCUUCGGGACCACUAGAGCGUCAACCGCUGAAAAGCGCCCGGGUGACCCAGUUGAUGGGGGCCGCCACUCUAAGCGGAUUGAGGAAAAAGAAGCGUUAAAGUCCCUCACUGCCGAAGAGGAUGAGACGUGGAUUGUGAAAGGAGGUUAUGAUGAUGAGCCCAUCAAGCUCAACCUUGGAAAAGGCCGAAAGGGUCUCCAGCAAGCAUUGAAUCUGGGCACUACAGAGGAAUGA